UGCCUAGGGAACCGGGCAGCAGAGACAAAAAAAGGAAAAAAAAAAAAGAUAGAUAGAAAGGGGGGGCCGAGGAAACGAAAACGUUUCCAGGUCAGCUCGAAACAUGGAGAGAGGAACAGAGAGACAAAGAGGGGCAGACGGGGAGGUGGUGGUGGAGGAGCACGGCUCGCCGGAGAGGCCGUGGGGGGAAGCAGAGGUGCUGGCUCUCGUGUCAGUGUGGGAUGAGGUUGGAGCUCAGCACGGCGCAGAGGGCAGGGGCACGUUCGAGUUGAUUUCAGAGCGGCUGAGGCGGCUCAGCGUCGCGCGCGGCUGGAAGGAGUGUCAGGCUAAGAGCAGGAGUCUGGGACUUCAGAGCAGGAGGGCUGACGCGGCCGCGGGCACGUCAGCCGGCUUUGCCCCGGGACUGGAUGGAAGGCCGGUGGAGGCCAUCUACAUUUCCUCAGUCUCAGUGCCAAUGAAUGAAGGAAUAAAGGCAAGAAUGCAUCCCAGUCUUCCUCUGACGCCAAACGCAACUGAAGAAGGCGGCCGCCACUGGACCGACGACGAGGUGCGGGCGCUGCUGUGCGUCUGGGCCGACAGCAGCGUCCGCGAGCGCCUGAAGAGCACGCUGCGCAACAAGUGCAUCUUCCAGGAGAUGGCCCGCCAGAUGCAGAGGAAGUUCGGGGUGGUGCGCAACUGGAAGCAGUGUCGGACCAAAUACAAGAACUUGAAGUAUGACUACAAGACAGCGAAGAGCGCCCAUGCUGCCGCGGGCAGCGGAGCUGGGGGCCCUGGGAGGUAUAUGAAGUUUUUUGAAGAGGUGGAAGCCAUCUUGCUCAACCAGGGACUGGAAAAUGGGACAGAGGAGAUGCAAAAGAGACUAUACAACGGAGACGCGACGGUGGGCCAGCUUCAGACGGCGCCAUGCAACACAAGAUCCAUCACGACGUCAGACAAUGAGAUCAUCAUUGAGAUUGAAGAUGACGACAACAGUGAUGACUAUGAUAUUGAUGGAGACAUAGAAGCACAAUGGAGAGGCACAGAGGCCCAUUUGACACAAGCAGACUCCCCGAGCUCAGACCAGUUCCACGUGGUCACGGUGUCGGACACUGGCCGGAACUGGAGCGACCAGGAGGUGCAAGCUCUCAUCCAGGUGUGGUCCGACGAACGCGUAUGCAAGCAGCUGGAGAGCUCGACCAGAAAGAGGGACAUCUUCGUCCAGAUCUCCAACCGUCUCAUGCAGCAAGGCAUUGAGCGGGACUGGAAGCAGUGCCACACCAAGUACAAGAACCUCAAGUACCUCUACCGGUCCCUUCACAGGAGCAAGACGGAUGAAGCCGAGCGGAAGCGCCUCAUGAGGUUUUAUGAUGAAGUGGACGCUAUUAUGACGCACGCCCCAAAUGGCUCGCUACGCAGCAGGGGGGCUGCUGACGCUGUGCAUACGGGUCCACUUCCAGUCUUGCAGAUUUGUGAGGAAAACCGUCGGAUUGACGUUUGUUUACCAAUGUCAAGCAGAGGAGCAGCAGUGGAGGAGAAAACUUGUCGUAGCUACUCUGGCCUAGUCACAGACACUGAUGAUCUGAGGCUGCAAGAAAUCAGGGAGCAUCAGUCGGAUCAACAUCACACCCCAAAGAGCCCAUCUGAGACUGUGGCGGGAAAAGACUUCAACUUUCCAGCAAACAGAGGAACGAAGAGAAAAGCUGUGGAUCAAGACUCCACAUACCAGAAACCAGCCAAACUACUGAAUGCAGGACGUGCUCAGGUGGAGGCACAGUGCAAAGAGGAGCAGGAGCAUGUUCCCAUAAUAAAGAUCAAAUCCGUGUGCUCCAUGGCCCACUCUAAUCCCGAACGGCCGAAAACACAGGACAGUUUGGGACCGAGCAACGCGAUGGCUUCCAGCGCAGAGUUGAACAUCGGCCAGAAGCUGAAUGAGGGGAAGACAAAGCAGAUUUUCGAGCUGGCGGACCAGCCUGAGCUGGUUCUGGUGCAGUCCAAAGACCAGAUCACCGCUGGGAAUGCGGCGAGGAAGGAUCAGAUGGAGGGCAAGGCCGCCAUCGCCAAUAAGACGACUUGCUGCGUGUUCAAACUUCUCCGGGAAUCUGGCAUUAAGACCGCCUUCGUGCAGCAACAUUCGGAGACGGCGUUCAUCGCUGCCCACUGUAAGAUGAUUCCCAUCGAGUGGGUGAGUCGCAGAGUGGCAACUGGGUCCUUUCUGAAGAGAAACCCGGGAGUCAAAGAGGGUUACCGCUUCGCCCCACUGAAGAUGGAGAUGUUUUUCAAAGAUGACGCCAACAACGAUCCUCAGUGGUCCGAGGAGCAGGUGCUGGCGGCCAAGUUCAGCCUGGCUGGGCUCACCAUUGGUCAGUGUGAGGUGGACAUCAUGAACCGCAGCACAGUGGCCAUCUUUGAGAUUCUAGAGAAGGCUUGGGCCACUCAGAACUGCACGCUGGUGGACAUGAAGAUUGAGUUCGGUGUGAAUGUUAAAACACGGGAGAUUGUUCUCGCUGACGUCAUCGACAACGACUCGUGGAGGCUGUGGCCGGCUGGGGAUCGGAGCCAGCAGAAAGAUAAGCAGGUGUAUCGCGACCUGAAAGAAGUUACUCCAGAAGCAAUGCAGAUGGUGAAGAGGAACUUUGAGUGGGUUUCUGAACGGGUCCAGCUCCUCCUGGAGCCUCAGGCCAGCGGCCGGGUGGUUGUUCUGAUGGGCUCCACCUCUGAUAUGGCUCACUGUGAAAAAAUCAAGAAGGCCUGCACCUCCUAUGGACUCCCCUGCAUCUUGAGGGUCACCUCUGCUCACAAAGGCCCAGAUGAGACUCUCCGUAUUAAAGCAGAAUAUGAAGGUGACGGGGUUCCUACCAUAUUUGUGGCUGUAGCUGGCAGGAGUAACGGCCUGGGGCCGGUGAUGUCUGGAAACACGGCUUAUCCCGUCAUCAACUGCCCCCCUCUCACCCCAGACUGGGGAGCGCAAGAUGUUUGGUCAUCCCUCCGUUUGCCGAGUGGCCUGGGCUGCUCCACGAUCCUCUCUCCUGACGCCGCGGCUCAGUUUGCGGCUCAGAUCAUCGGCUUGAGCAACCACCUGGUGUGGUGCAAGCUCAGGGCCUCCAUGCUCAACACAUGGGUGUCUCUAAAGCUUGCUGACCAAAAACUUCAGGCUUGUAGCCUCUAAGUAGCUUAGACCAACUUGUGCCCAAAACCCAUAUCAUGCCUUUGUCCUUUAACUGUAGAUCUUCCUGAAUCAUUCCAUUAAAACAAGAAUGAAUAAAAUGGCCAUUUA